AUUCACGUCAAGGCUGUGGCUUGUUCUCCUGAGCGCUGUAAGGUACACUUAGCAGCACGACAAUGGGAAAAGGCCAUCUUAAAGGGAAAGAUUCCAAAGAAAAGAGCACCGAGUUUAGCUUAGUGCGUGUCAUGGGUACGUGGAAGUGUAAACUGGGACAUAAGGUCAAUAAGGACACAGCUGACUGUGUUUCGGCUGCAAAAAUCUAUGAGAGCAUCACAGAACAGGGCGCCAGUUGGACAGUGGUCAGCCCCAUUGUGUUUACCUACAAAGUCACUGAGACCCGGCACUUGCUGGACCCGAGCAACGACACCCUCCUGCUGGGCCACAUCACCGACCCGCAGCAGCUGGACGACAUUCAAAAAUCCAACAAGCCAAUCAAGCGCUUCCUGGUCGUGGACCAAGAAGUCUUCAAAAUCUACGGUACAAAGCUCACCGAAUAUCUAGAGGCUAACAAUGUUCUGUACAAGAUCCUGUCUUUACCCACCACCGAGGAGAACAAAUCCAUGAAAAUGGCCCUGAAGAUCCUGGAGGAGAUCAACAACUUCUCCCUCGACCGCCGCACGGAGCCCAUUAUCGCCAUUGGCGGCGGAGUGUGCCUGGACACAGUGGGCCUGGCCGCCUCGCUCUACAGGAGACGCACUCCUUACAUCAGGGUGCCGACCACGCUGCUCUCCUACAUCGAUGCCAGCGUGGGAGCGAAGACGGGGGUCAACUUUGCAAAUUGCAAGAACAAGCUGGGCGCCUACAUUCCACCGGCCGCAGCCUUCCUCGACCUGUCCUUCAUGCAAACCGUUCCCCGACGACACAUCUCCAACGGGCUGGCAGAAAUGUUGAAGAUGGCACUGAUGAAACACAGAGGCCUCUUUGAGCUUCUGGAGACGCACGGCCGCAUGCUGUUAGACACUAAAUUCCAAGCCGACAACAGCGUGUACGGGAACCAAUGCUUACAGGCGGCGUCGCAGGCCACCCGCAUAGCCAUUGUAACCAUGCUGGAGGAGCUCGCCCCCAACCUGUGGGAGGAUGACCUGGACAGACUGGUUGACUUUGGCCAUCUCAUCAGCCCAGCAUUAGAAAUGAACGUGCUCCCAUCUCUGCUGCAUGGUGAGGCGGUGAACAUCGAUAUGUCGUACAUGGUCUACGUGUCCAGAGAGCGUGGUCUUUUGACAGAAGACGAGAAGCAGCGGAUCAUAAGCUGCAUGGUGGGCCUGGAGCUUCCUGUCUGGCACGCCGCGUUUACCAUGGAGCUCAUACGGAAGUCUCUGCAGGACAGGCUGAAGCAUUCGGGGGGCCUGGUCAGGAUGCCUCUGCCUGUUGGUCUUGGGGAAGCGGUAAUUUCUAAUGACACACCUAGUGAGAUCCUGCACGAAGCUUUUGUGAAAUGGUGUGAUGAGCUGAGCGGCCCCUCUGAAAGCGACUGACUCCUAACCUGGGAAUACCACAGCUCCAUCUCCUUUGUAGAGAACAUUUUUACAUUUUGUAUGUAGGUAUAAAAUUCUUUUCUUGUUUUGUAUUCUAGCUCAUCUUCUAAUUGUAAGAAUACAUUUGCUGCAGGCCGCUCUCCAGCAUGUAUUCGUACUGUUUUCAUCACCAAAUUGUCACAAUAGCAGAUGCUUCCAACGUUGGCAAUGUGGCAGUGUUGUAAAGCAGCCCAAUCAAAAUACAGUAAAAGAUGCACUUUCGAACGUCUAUUUGAAAGCCUCCUCAUUAAAGAUGUAUCAGUUAUCAAACCAUGUACUUGUGUUUUAGUCAAUUUUCCUUGACAUUCUCCCUACCUUCAUGUACUUUCUUUCAAUGCAAAUUGUUUUGGAUUUUAACCAACAUGGCAAUUGCCAUGUUUAGUGCUCCCAAAUGAGAGCCUGACGUAACUCAAGUCAAGUCAUUCAACUUGAAUGUCCAGUGCAACAAAGGCCUGGUGUCGGGGAUGAAGGGCAUCUAGUGGCCUGCAGCACGUACAGCAACAACUGUAGCCGCUAUCCAUCUGUCGUGUGUUUGUUUUAGAAUGAGUGUGUGUGCUGUUGGAUAACAACAGUAAUGUCAAGACUUCCAUUCUGCAGUCAUUUUAAACCACGGCUUGUUUAAUACUUGGAUUUGGAUCGCAGCCCGGCCUUCAGAUAACAUCAUGCGGCUUCACUGUCUGCUGCUUAGACUGUAAUGGCAAAAAUAUAUGUAACUCUUCUAAAUGCUUCAUUUGUAUAACCAGCUUAUUAAUUGCAAGUGCUGAGAUGGAAAGGCCAUGGUAUGAGAGCUGAAGUGUUCCACACUGAUAAAUGUCCUCAGCGUCCUAGCUCUAGAGACUAAACAAAGUAGGUCGUAUGUAUUUGUUUUCAAGUGUUAGGAGGGCGAGGCCAUGGUCAAAGAACUGAUGUGUCUUACAUGGACUAGCUGUCCUGAGUAUCCUGGCUGUAGAGACUCAACAAAAUGGUCAAGGUUUCUGUUGACGCCACCGAUAACUGAACUUGUGUAUAAGAACUACCUCGUUCUGUUAGGGGGCAAGUUGGUUCAUGACAGUCUGCAGAGCAUGUAGCUGUUGUGACCUUUCUUCCCUUGCAAGGAAAUAAACGGAGAAAGACA